AAGGCGUCGAGGAUUUAUUUUUGUGAUUGUGUGAAUUUUAUGUUUGUUUUAUUAUUUUAAAGUGAAUAUAAAUGGUUUUAAUUGCAAAUUAAAAACAAUACGAACAAUGUCCUAAUUUGUAGUUACAAAUAUAAACUAUCCUCAAUGCUUACACUAUCGCCUUCCUAGUUGAAAUAACCAUGCGGCUCAUAAUUUUCUGGAAGAGAACCAGUUCCUUUACGAUUAGCUACUAAAUUCUACUUAAUAAUGAUGGCUGCUAUGGUGGCGGGUGGUCCCGGGGACCCGCACACCCAGAUGAACACGUACCGGAGCUAUGUGACCAUGCUGGCGGACGCCGGCGCCAAGGACGAAAUCAAACUCAAGGCAGCCCAGGAGCUUAGCGAGAAUUUUGAGGUCAUAUUGAGCUCGCCACAAUAUCCCCAAUUUCUGGAUCAUUCCUUGAAGAUAUUCCUGAAGAUUCUUCAAGAGGGUGAUCCUCACUUCAUAGCUGAGUACAAUAUUCAGCAAGUGCGCAAACUGAUCUUGGAGAUGAUACACCGGCUCCCAAUCAGUGAGACAUUGAGGCCUUAUGUUAAAAGUAUACUCAUACUGAUGCUGAAGUUGAUGGAAAUUGAAAAUGAAGAGAAUGUGCUGGUUUGUUUGAAGAUCUUCAUGGAGUUGCACAAACAGUAUAGACCUCCAUAUAAUCCAGAAGUUGAUAUUCACAAAUUUUUGCAGUGGGUGAAAGGAAUUUAUUCAGAUUUACCAAAUCAUCUGCCAAAGAUAUUUGAGCCGAGGCCCACCAUCAGAGUAAAAGACUUGUCUGAAGUGAAUAUUGACCAACUGCUUCAAGAAACCUAUACUGUCACUCCCAUACACACUGAAAAGAAACUGCUAGAUGGCACAGUUGUUACUUACAACCUAAUCCCCAAAUCAGUGCUAUCACUGAAGGUGAUCCAGGAGCUGCCGAUCAUCGUGGUGCUGAUGUACCAGCUGUACAAGCAGAAUGUGCACCAGGAGGUCAGCAACUUCAUCCCGCUCAUCAUGGACACCAUCACACUGCAGCCACAGGCCGCACACAGGCAAUCAGCAUCAUUCAACAAAGAAGUGUUUGUGGAUUUUAUGGGGGCGCAAAUAAAGACCUUAGCUUUCUUGGCGUACAUCAUCCGCAUAUACCAGGAGAUCAUAGCCAGCCACGCCAACCUCAUGGUGAAGGGAAUCAUCGGGCUGCUGACGCUGUGCCCGCCUGAAGUGGCUCAUCUGAGGAAAGAACUAGUGAUUGCUACUAGGCACAUUCUUGCCACUGACUUGAGACUGAAAUUCGUGCCCUACAUGGAGCGUCUCUUCGACGAGGACGUGCUCCUCGGCGGCGGCUGGACCGUGCACGAGAGCCUGCGCCCGCUCGCCUACUCCACGCUGGCAGACCUGGUGCAUCACGUGAGGCAACACCUGCCCCUGUCGGAUCUGGCUAUAGCCGCGCAUCUGUUCUCCAAGAAUGUGCAUGACGAGUCGCUGCCUACUAGCAUACAGACGAUGUCGUGCAAGCUUCUCCUGAACCUGGUGGACUGCAUCAGACAGCGGUCGGAGAGCGAGGCGGCGGGCAGCGCGGCGCCGCCCGGCCGGCAUCUGCUCAUGAGGAUCUUGGACGUGUUUGUGUUGAAAUUCAAGACGAUUUCCAAGCUGCAGCUACCGGCUUUGAUGGCUAAGUGCAAACAAAACACAAACGGCGCCACCCCGGCAGCCGGCACCAACCCCAGUACACCGACCUCGCAGACGCCAGGGACCUCCACCACCGAAGUGAAGGUGGAAGACGAGAAGCCGUCAACAGACUUCCUGGACAGCAUCAGCAAGCCCGAGGAGAAGUCCCGGAUAGGCUUCCCGGCCUCCCAGAUGAACAACUUGAAUGUGGGGGAUUACAGGACGCUGGUGAAGACCCUGGUGUGUGGUGUGAAGACGAUCACUUGGGGUUGUGCUUCUUGCAAGCAAACAACAACAAACGGCGAAGGCACGUCCACCAUAGCCGGGCAGAAGCAGUUCAGCGCCAAGGAGACCCUAGUCUUCAUCCGGCUGGUGCGCUGGGGGCUCCAGUCUCUAGACAUCUACACGCUGGCGGCGCCACGCGCGCCCGCCGCGCAGCCCGCGCAGCCGCAUGUCCGGUCUAAGGAGGAGAAGGAGGUGUUGGAGCAUUUUAGUGGCGUGUUCUCAAUGAUGAACCCGCAAACCUUCCAAGAAAUAUUUACCGCGACAAUAUCACACAUGGUUGAAAGAAUCAACAAAAACAUGACAUUGCAGAUUAUUGCAAACACUUUCCUAUCAAAUCCGGCCACAUCUCCGAUAUUUGCUACCGUCCUUGUAGAAUACCUUCUAGAGAGAAUGGAAGAGAUGGGCACCAAUAUUGAGAGAUCGAAUCUCUACUUGAGACUUUUUAAGCUAGUGUUUGGAUCGGUGAGCUUGUUCCCGACUGAAAACGAGCAGAUGUUGAGACCUCACCUGCACAGCAUCGUGAACAAAGCCAUGGACUACGCCAUGACGGCUAAAGAACCGUACAACUACUUCCUGCUACUACGAGCCCUGUUCCGCUCAAUAGGAGGCGGGAGUCAUGACCUCCUGUACCAAGAAUUCCUGCCGCUACUGCCCAACCUCCUCGAGGGGCUGAACCGGCUGCAGAGUGGCCUGCACAAGCAACACAUGAAGGAUCUGUUCGUGGAGCUGUGCCUCACAGUACCCGUGCGCCUCAGCAGUCUGCUACCCUAUCUACCCAUGCUUAUGGACCCUCUGGUUUCGGCUUUAAAUGGUUCCCAUACACUUAUAUCUCAAGGUCUACGCACACUCGAGCUGUGCGUAGACAACCUACAGCCAGAUUUCUUGUAUGAGCAUAUUCAGCCGGUCAGAGCGGACCUCAUGCAAGCGCUGUGGAGGACCCUGCACAACAACGAGGUGGCUCGGAUCGCGUUCCGAGUCCUCGGCAAGUUCGGCGGCGGCAACCGCAAGAUGAUGAUCGAGCCGCAGCGCCUCGAGUACCGCGAGACCGACGCGCCGCCGCCCGCCAUACAGGCGUACUUCCAGGAUCAACAAAAGCCGAUCGACUUCGAGGUGGAUAAAGUAAUAGAUACCGCUUUCGCCGCACUCAAAUCGAGCACGACGGAUCCGUUCUACCGGCGCCAGUGCUGGGAGGUGCUGCGCUGCUACCUCGCCGCGUCGCUCAACCUGGACGACGACAAGCAGACUCUACAGAAGCUGUUCUCGCAUCCCAGCUUCCUCGACGGCAAGAUCACGACGCAGAGCGGGCCCUACUACAAGUGCACCAACAGCCUGGUCCGCGACACGCACCGCACGGCGCUCACCGGCAUGUUCGUGGCCGCCGCCAUCAAGGAGCUGCGUCACCACGUGCUGCCCACCAUGGUGUCGCUGGUCCGACACUACACGAUGGUCGCCAUCGCUCAAGAAGCCGGCCCCUUUGCUAGCUCCGGCACGCCUAAGGAAGGACUGGACGCGUUGGUUCUCGUCGACGCUAUAGCCGUAGUGAUGGGACAUGAAGAAAAGGAGCUGUGCAAACCGGGACACUUAGCCCUAGUCCUGAUGAUAGAGACGGCGGCGACGGUCCUGGGGAGCAAGGAGCGCGCGUGCCGCCUCCCUCUCAUGGAGUACCUGGCCGAGCGCAUGUCAGCGCUGUGCUACGAGCGCGCGUGGUACGCCAAACUCGGCGGCUGCAUCGCCGUCAAGUUCAUGUUCGAGAAGAUGGCGCCCGAGUGGGUGUACAAGCACGUGUUCACGUUUUUGAAAGCAGUGUUAUUCGUGAUGAUGGACCUGACGGGCGAGGUGUCGUCGGGCGCCAUCGACAUGGCCACGGUGAACCUGGAGCGGCUGGUGCGCGUGUGCGUGUCGGGCGCGGCGGGGGCGGGCGCGGCGGGGGCGGGGGCGGGGGCGGAGGGGGCGGGCGAGGGGGAGGGGGGCGCGGCGCGCGCGCGGGCGCUGCACGACGUGCUGCAGGAGCUGGUGCUGCAGGUCACGAGCCCGCACCUUCUUGUGCGGCAACAGGCAAUGCGUUCAUUGAAACUGAUAUCGGAGCUACAGAACAAGACGGUGACAGAAGUCAUGGAUCCACACCGCGAGGUGCUGGCGGACAUCAUUCCUCCGAAGAAGCACUUAUUACGGCACCAGCCGGCUAACGCGCAGAUGGGAUUGAUGGACGGGACUACCUUCUGUACCACGCUGAAGCCACGGCUGUUUACUAUUGACCUAAACAUCAACGAGCACAAAGUAUUCUUCCGCGAGCUGCUAUCUCUAUGCGAGGCGGAGGACGCUAUGCUUGGCAAAUUACCCUGCUACAAGGGAGUCAGUCUCGGCCCACUACGGGCGUCGGCACUGAAGGCGUUGGCGGCUUGUCACUAUAUACAGGAGAAACACUGUCGGGAGAAGAUAUUCCAAGUGUUGUACAAGUCUUUGGAGAAGAACGAUCCGGAAUUGCAACAGGCUGGUUUCGAGUGUAUGCAGAAGUUCCUGGCGGGCUUCCAAAUAGACAUGGAAAUGGUCCACCCGGUGAUGCGGCCCCUACUCCUGACUCUGGGCGACCACCGCAACCUCAGCGUCAACGGUGCCAAGCGACUGUCGUACUUAACGCAGCUGUUCCCGUCGACGUUCAGUGAAAAGUUGUGUGAACAGCUGUUGCAACUGCUGAAGAAGCUGCUCGACUUCUCUAUACAAUCCAAUAGAGGCGGCAACUUCUUACAAAGCGUGUCCAAGAACGGCGAGAACGAGCAGAAGAUCAUCAUCCUGGUGGGCAUCUUCCACCAGAUCCCGGCGGCGAGCGCGCGCUUCAUCGACGUGCUGUGCCGGCUCAUCUUCCACACGGAGAAGUCGCUCAUGAUCGAGGCCGGCUCGCCCUUCAGGGAGCCGCUCGUCAAGUUCUUGCUCAGGUACCCCAAAGAGACGCUAGACCUAAUAAUGAGCGACAACAACAUAAAGGACCAACAAUGGAGCCGCUUCCUCAUCUACCUGAUCAAGCACCCCGACGCCGGCGCCGCCUACCGAGAAGCGCUACAAACUACCAAGAAGCCUCGACUCAUGCAACUACUAGCAGCCAACACAGUCAAUGCGGCCGCGACUAUUUCACUCACGGAUAAAGCCGAGAUGCAGUUCCAAGCGAUCAGAGUUAUAUCGCUGUUGAUAAAGUUCGAUGACCAGUGGUUGGCCUCGCAGCAUGACUUGGUGGAGCUGCUCAAACGGAUUUGGUGUAAUGAUCAGUACCAUGAGAUCCACAAGAAGGUGGAGAACGUGGACUCGACGCACUGGAAGGAGCCCAAGCUGAUGGUGAAGACGCUGCUGCACUACUUCUGCCACCACCCGUCGAACAUCGACCUGCUGUUCCAGCUGCUAAGGGCCUUCUGCGACCGCUUCGUGCCUGACUUCCAGUUCCUCCGAGACUUCCUGGAAAACACGGUGGCACAGAACUACACCGUGGAGUGGAAGCGCUCAGCAUUCUUCCGCUUCGUCGAGCACUUCGCCACCGACUCUAUGUCGCAGGAGUUAAAGGCCAAAGUGCUGCAAAUGAUCCUGAUCCCGUGCUUCGCUGUGAGCUUCGAUAAGGGACACAAGAUAGUGGGCGGCCCGCCCGCGCCCUACCAGGAUAACCCGGACAAUGUGGUGUCGGUGUUUAUUAACAAUGUGAUAGACCCAGAAAACCCAUUCGGGUGUUCAGACGCAGUGCGCAUAUCAUUACUUCAGUUUGCGUGUCUACUGCUCGAGCAAGCGUCGGCUCACAUCCACGACGCUAACAACAAGAAACAAGGGAACAAGUUGAGACGACUCAUGACGUUUGCGUGGCCCUGUCUACUUGGCAAGAAUUAUGUUGAUCCCGCUACUAGGUAUCACGGACAUCUACUUCUCAGCCAUAUCAUUGCUAAGUUCGCAAUCCACAAGCGAAUCGUAUUGCAAGUAUUCCACAGUCUCCUCAAAGCGCACGCAGUGGAAGCUCGCUCCGUGGUCCGCCAAGCGCUGGAGAUCCUCACGCCGGCCAUGCCGCAGCGUAUGGAGGAUGGCAACACCAUGCUCACGCACUGGACCAAGAAGAUCAUUGUGGAGGACGGGCAUUCCGUGCAGCAGCUGUUCCAUAUACUGCAGCUUGUUGUCCGCCAUUACAAGGUAUACUACCCAGUGCGUCACGCUCUAGUAGGCCACAUGGUGACGGCGAUGCAGCGGCUGGGACUCGCCGCCACCGCGUCGCUGGAGCACCGGCGCCUCGCCGUGGACCUGGCCGAGGUGGUGCUCAAGUGGGAGCUGCAGCGCCUGCGCGACCAGCCCACUGCGCAGGCAUCAAUGUCCCCCAGCGGCGCUAUAAAGCGCUUAUCCUCGGACGACAGUGCCAACGAGCAGCGUAAGGCUCUCAACACGGGCUGGGCGAGCCCGCAGGCCGCGGCGGCCGCGCGCCCUGAGCCUGAUGCUAAUAAACCGGUGGAUAGACAGCAUGUUGAUGUGCUGGUGAACUUGCUGCUGCGGCUGGCGUGUCAGGUAAACGACGGCAGCGUAGCCGCGAGCGGCGGCGCGGCGACGGGCGCGGCGGGCGUGGCGGGCACGCCGGGCGAACAGCUGUCCAGGCGGUGUGUGCAGUUAUUGAAGACUGCGCUGAAACCGGACGUGUGGCCACAGCAGUGCGAGCCGAAGUUGGCUUGGCUGGAUAAAGUAUUCGCAGUAACAGACACGAACGCGGCCGCCUGUGCCAACGCUUGCACAGCCCUAGAACUGCUUGUGUUCCUACUGGGAGUGCUCAAACGGGAGCAGAUUCUAGUAGCACUAAAGCCUCUGCAGCGGGGCCUGGCUGCGUGUGUCGCCUCCACUAACGCGAAGAUUGUCCGGCUGACGCAUAAUCUGCUGGCGAAACUGACGGCUUUGUUCCCCACUGAGCCUACUGGAGCAGCGCAGGCAUCUAAGUACGAAGAGCUAGAGACGCUAUACGCGUGCGUAAGCAAGUACGCGUUCGAGGGUCUGGCGGCGUACGAGAAGUCGGCGGCGGGCGGCACGGGCGCGGGCGCGCUGCUCGGCCCGCUCAUGAUGCUGAAGGCAUGCUGUGCGAGCUGCCCCUCGUAUGUGGACCGGCUCCUGCUGCCGCUGAUGAGGGUUCUGCAGAGGAUGACAAGGGACCACGUCGCGCCCAACCCUGACGCCGCGCUGUCGGAUUUGUUGAUUCUAGCCCUGGACCUGCUGAAAGCUCGCGUGGCCGUGAUGCCGGUGGACACGAGGAAGACGUUCAUCGGCACCGUGCUCGUCGGACUUAUUGAAAAGACCACUGACGUUAAGGUAAUGAAAGCCAUAACCCGCAUGGUGGAAGAGUGGAUCAAGUCGCGGGGCACGCUGGGCGCCGCGGCCGCCCCCUCGCUGCGGGAGAAGUCCAUCCUGCUGGUGAAGCUCAUGCAGUACGUGGAGAAGCGGUUCCCCGACGAUCUGGAGCUGAAUGCGCAGUUCUUGGAGCUCAUUAAUUAUGUUUACAGAGACGAACAACUGAAAAUGACGGAGCUCUCCUCUAAACUGGAGCCUGCGUUCCUAGCGGGCCUGCGCUGCACCCAGCCCCACAUCCGGGCCAAGUUCUUCGAAGUGUUCGACCAGAGCGUCCGUCGCCGGGUGUAUGACCGUCUGCUCUAUAUUAUAUGCUCGCAGAACUGGGAGCAUAUAGGGCAGCACUACUGGAUCAAACAGUGCUUGGAGCUAUUGCUGGUUACUGUUGUGCCUAACACUCAAAUCCGCUUAUCCAACACCAAAUACCUGCUACCGAGCAUAACGUCAGUGAUCAACUGGGCCGACAGCGAGGAACGCAAGUCUUUCGUGAUAUUCACGAGUGUGAAAGAAGAGUCUGUGGACGGGUUCAACGACUCCAUAGAUCCGGACAAAGAGGACGUGCUGGACAUGGACCUGGACUCCAACUCGAACCAGAAGCCGGAGGAGCUGACUAAGCAAGUUCCUAAUAGACAACGCGCCCUAACCCAGAUGAUCGCCAAACAAUCCGAGUUCGUCGAACUGGCGCGGCGCGUGCGCACGUCCCAGUUCGUCUCCGCCGCGGCUGCACUGGCGCACAUGGACGACGCACUGGCCCACCGCGCCUGGCUGUCGCUGCUGCCGCGCCUUGUUGCCGCUCUUACUGAGAGGCAGCUGCCGACGGUGAUGAACGAGAUGGUUCCGUUCAUAAUCUCGGGCGCGCACGUGAUCCAGCGUGACCAGCCGCUCAGCGCGCUCAACACCUUCAUUGAGGCGCUGGCUAGGUGCAACCCGCCUAUCACUAUCAAACCCCCCAUGAUGCGGUACCUCGGCAAGACUCACAACCUGUGGCACCGCAUGACCUUGAACCUGGAGGCCAUGGCCAGCGAGCAGGCGGGCGCCGCGCGCCAGCGGGACAUGCUCGAGUGCUACGAUAUGGACACGGAGCAUACCACUCCUACCGAGAUAGCGGAGUGCCUGAGCGAUAUGUACGAGUUGCUGCAAGAAGAGGACAUGUGGUCGGGGCUGUGGCAGAAACACGCGCGCUACCGAGAGACCAACGUCGCCAUCGCAUACGAGCAGCAAGGAUUCUUCGAGCAAGCACAGGCUGCAUACGACGUGGCAAUGGGAAAACUCAAAACCGAGUACACGGCCAAUCCAUCCUCGUACAACAUGCACAAAGAAUGCAAACUGUGGACGGAGCAUUGGCUGAAAUGUGCCAAAGAGCUGAACCAAUGGGACUCGCUCCUAGAGCUGGGUCUUUCGAGGAACUGUCGAGAUCCCUUCCUGAUUCUAGAGAGCUCUUGGAGGAAUCCCAACUGGCCGCAAAUGAAGGAGGCCUUGGCUGAAGUGGAAUAUAACUGUCCGAAGGAACUUGCGUGGCUAAUCAACCUGUACCGCGGCUACUUAUGCAUCUGCGCGGGCGGCGAGCAGCAGCUGGGCGGCGUGGAGCGGCACGCGGAGGCGGCGGCGGCGCAGUGCCUGCGCGAGUGGCGCCGCCUGCCGCGGGUUGUUGCGCAUGCGCACUUGCCGCUUCUGAGGGCCGCGCAGCAGCUGAUGGAGCUGAGCGAAGCUGCGCAGAUACAUACGGGCCUACUACACAGUCGUCCAACCUCCCUACACGACAUGAAGGCCAUAGUAAAAACCUGGCGCAACCGCCUGCCAGUGGUCGCCGAUCCACUCUCGCACUGGGGCGCCAUCUUCACGUGGCGACAACACCACUACCAGUUCAUAGCGUCGCAUUAUGACUCGCAAGCGGAGCAUGCCCAUAAUCACUCGAUGUUGGGCGUGCAUGCUAGUGCUCAGGCAAUAAUCCACUUCGCAAAGAUCGGUCGCAAGCACAACCUAUCAGGCGUGUGCCUAGACUCCCUACACCGCAUCUACACCAUCCCGAGCGUGCCCAUAGUCGACUGCUUCCAGAAGAUUCGGCAGCAAGUCAAGUGCCACAUACAGAUGUCCUGGACUGAGGGCAAGGACGAACUACAGGAGGGACUAGACAUGAUUGAAUCAACGAAUUUCAAAUACUUUACUAAGGAAAUGACAGCGGAAUUCUACGCGUUCAAAGGCUUGCUUCUAGCUCAACUAGGACGGUCGGAAGACGCGAACAAAGCGUUUGCAGCCGCGGUGCAACUUCAUGACACGCUGGUGAAGGCCUGGGCGCUGUGGGGAGACUACUUGGAGCAGAUCUUCGUGAGGGACCCUCGCCAGAUAUCGGUGGGAGUGUCGGCCAUGACGUGCUUCUUGCACGCGUGUCGCCACCAGAAUGAGUCCAAGUCGAGGAAGUAUUGUGCUAAGGUGCUAUGGAUGCUGAGCUACGACGACGACAAGAGCAGCCUGGCCGAGGCGCUGGACAAGUACUCGGUGGGCGUGCCGCCGGUGCAGUGGCUGCCGUGGAUCCCGCAGCUGCUGGCCUGCCUCGUGCAGUACGACGGCAACGUCAUACUCAACCUGCUCACUCACGUGGGCCGCCUGUACCCUCAGGCCGUGUACUUCCCGAUCCGCACGCUGUACCUCACGCUCAAGAUCGAGCAGCGGGAGCGGUACAAGAGCGCCGAGCAACAACCCACCACCUCCGCGGGCGGCACGAAGGUGGGCGAGCUGCCGGCCAGCACGGAGGCGGGCCCCAUCAAGGCCACGCUGCCGAUGUGGCGCUGCUCCAAGAUCAUGCAGCUGCAGCGAGAGAUUCACCCCACCGUGCUGUCGUCGCUCGAGGGGAUCGUUGACCAGAUGGUGUGGUUCCGUGAGAACUGGUACGAGGAGGUGCUGCGUCAGCUGCGCGCCGGGCUGGCCAAGUGCCACGCCGUUGCCUUCGAGCACCGCGCCGCUGUCGCCGACGCCACGCUAACCCCGCACACGCUCAACUUCGUCAAGAAACUCGUGUCCACGUUCGGCAUCGGCAUCGGCAUUAAAAAUGUAACAAGUUCUGUAAGUGGUGCAUUCUGUUCAGCCGCGUCGGAGUCCCUGGCGCGGCGCGCGCAGGCCACCGUGUCCGACCCCGUCUUCCAGAAGAUGAAGGGACAGUUCACCGCCGACUUCGACUUCACACAACCCAACGCCAUGAAACUACAGAACCUCAUUACCAAACUGAGGAAGUGGGUCAAGAUACUCGAGGCCAAAACUAAGAUCCUGCCCAAGUCAUUCCUAAUCGAGGAGAAGUGUCGUUUCCUCUCCAACUUCAGCCUUAAAACCGCCGAAGUGGAGCUCCCGGGCGAGUUCCUUCUCCCCAAGCACACGCACUACCACGUGCGCAUCGCGCGCUUCAUGCCGCGCGUCGAGAUCGUCCAGAAACACAACACUUCCGCCCGCCGACUGUACAUCCGUGGGCACAACGGGAAGAUAUACCCGUACCUAGUGGUGAAUGACUCAGGGUUGGGUGAUGCACGGAGGGAAGAAAGGGUUCUGCAGUUGUUGAGGAUGCUGAACCACUACCUCGGCAAGCAGAAGGAGACAUCGCGGCGGUUCCUGCACUUCACGGUGCCGCGCGUGGUCUCCGUGUCGCCGCAGAUGCGCCUCGUGGAGGACAACCCCGCCUCCGUGUCGCUGCUCGACAUAUACCGCACGGAAUGCGCCAACAGGGGUGUCGAAUACGACGCGCCGGUGGCCCGCUACUACGAGCGUCUGGCGGCCGUGCAGGCGCGCGGCUCGCAGGCCUCGCACCAGGUGCUGCGCGACAUACUGCGCGAGCUGCAGGCCACCAUGGUGCCCAAGGCCAUGCUCAAGGAGUGGGCCGCCGCCACCUUCGCCGCGCCCACCGACUACUGGACCUUCCGCAAAAUGUUAACCCUACAACUGUCGCUGUCAAGCUUCGCCGAAUAUGUCCUGCACUUGACCAGGCUCAACCCAGACAUGCUGUAUGUGCACCAGGACUCGGGGCUGCUCAACGUGUCCUACUUCAAGUUCGACGUGGAUGAUGCCACAGGUGAGCUGGAUGGCAACCGGCCGGUGCCGUUCCGCCUGACGCCGAACAUCGCGGAGCUGCUGACGCCCAUCGGCAUCGCCGGCCCGCUCACCGCCUCCGCCAUCGCCGUCGCGCGCUGCCUCGUCACGCCCAACUUCAAGAUACAAUCGAUUCUGCGCACGAUCCUGCGCGACGAAAUGGUGACCGGCUACCGGAAGCGUCUCGAGGACAAGUCGGGGCUGCCCGUGGCCGGUCCGUCCGGCGAGAGCAAGCCGGUCGAAAUGGACAACGAGACCAUCAUCAACAUGGUCAGCAAGGCCGUCACCGUCAUCAUGAACCGACUUAAUGCCCUGGCCCUCUUUGACGGCCCGGACAGCAAGGUGGCAACCCUGGUGGCCGCCGCCAACAGCCAUGACAAUCUAUGCCGCAUGGACCCCGCGUGGCAUCCCUGGCUGUAAAGAGAUACGUGUGUGAAAUUUGAUGUACUGAAAGUGGUGUAAAUAUUAGUAUUGGAAGCUGGUGAUUGACAGCUGGUUUUUAUUUGUAAGCAUUAGUUUAAGAUAAUCUCUUUAUGUAAUAAGUAAUUUCUGGUGAGUGAUCAGAACUUUUAUUGUAUGAUUUUAAAAGAGUUAUGUAGUACAUCUGUAUUAACGCUAAGUUUACAGUCAUGUGCACAGCACAAACCUAGCGUUCGCGUGAAAUUAUCUUAUAAAAUCCUGUUAAAUAAUAGAACUGAAAUAUUUAUAGCUAUCUUAGUAUAUAGGUAGUUGUAAAUAAAUCCCUAGUACAGUCUGAUCUCGCUAUAAAACCUCUAACGCAACUCUUUUGAAGAAUUAUGAAAGUACUAACUACUUAUAUUAAUAGUUAGACAUAAAUUGCUUGCUACGCGAUUUAUUAUUGUAUGAGGACUUGUUAUCUGCGCAUAACUGUGAUCUCGUGUCCGUGUAUAAUAAAGUGUUAACGAAAUCUA